AACAUAAAGACAAACAAGUUUUAACAAUACAAAAAUAUAUAUAUCUAAAACAUCUAGAAAGAAAGAAACAACAAAAAAAUGAAAAAUAUUUCAAUCUUUCUAUUUGUUUUUACACUUUGCAUGAUCGACAAUGCAUAUGGUGCCAAUUUAUUGAAAGGGGAGAAGACAACACUCUAUUUCAGGAACGGCCUUAGUUACAAGAAAUGGCUCAAGGUACAUUGUAAAUCAGGGAACGACGAUAUGGGUGUCCACUAUCUGAAACCGGGUGGAAUCGAUUACACAUUCAGUGUCCACGACAACGUUUUCGGGGGCACACUUAUCUGGUGUACCCUGAGCAAAGGACCUGAUUAUAAGGUCUCUUCUAGGUUUGACGCCUAUAAACAGAACAAGGAUAAGCCUCACGGAAAGUCAUAUAACUAUCUUGCUAAAGAUGAUGGCAUCUAUCACAGUAAUCUUGUGGAAUUUAAACUUCACAAGAAGUUUGACUGGAAAUAGAGAUCACAAACUAAAUCUCCCGUGUUAUCAGAUGUUUUCAAUAUAUGUACUUACUUAUAUAUUAACACCAUUUAUUUGUUAUACUUGUAAAAACCAGUGAUAUACUUGUAAAUGUAUAAAUUAUAUACUUGUUAAAGUUGUUCUUAUUUGUUUCACUGUAUUUAAAAUUUAUAAAUUAAACUUUGGUGUUAUUCAGUAUAUAUUUUCUAAAAGUUACAAUUUUUCUAUCGUUUCUUCAUUAGAUCGUGACGCGAAAUGAUCUCAAAACCCUUAACAAGCCAAUUUAGCAUAUGCGAACUAAAUCAAUCUCCAACACUUAACAUACAAUUCCAACCCAGAUUUAUUAAUAAGCUCUAAGUUACAUGCAAUGAAUACUAUUUAUAAAUUUUAAAUGUAGUUACGUAUAUGCAUGUGGUAGUCUUUUUUACCGUUUUCAGAUUCUUUUAAGAGCAUCUAGCAUUUAGAACAAUUUCACUUCAAUCCAUUGCUAUUUCUUCUUCUAAAAAAGAGAUUACUAGUUGUUUCUCUAUAUUUAAGGGAAGAAAUAACAAUUUAUAUUCUUUAUUCUAUAUUUUGAAGAUUAGGGAAAUACUUUGAAGCAAAUUCUAUCUCUAUUAUAGAAAUCUUUUAUUUUAGAAGAGAAUAUAGUAAAAUACAUUAGAGAUGGUCUAAGAGAAAUUAACUAAUAACCACAUAACAUAAACCCAAAAAAACACACAAGAAGGUAGAGAUGAUA